AUGAAACAAGUAUCAUCAUUUACUGAUCUUUCAAAUGAUUUAUUCUUUGAAAUAUUUGAUUAUCUUGAUGUAUUAGAUUUAUUUCAAGCAUUUUUUAAUUUAAAUCAACGUUUUAAUUUAUUAAUUAUUGAUCGACAUAAUUGUUUUCAAGCAAAUAUGAUUUCAUUAAAAUCAUAUGAAUUUUCUAUUUAUAAAAAUUUUAUUUUACCACAAAUUGCUUGUUAUAUUCGCUAUUUAUCAAUAUCGGAUGAAUUAAAUUAUUUACAAAUAAUUCUUCGUUCGAUUUCAUUAACAAAUUUACUAUCGAUUAGAUUAUAUCAUGUUAAAUUAAAUGAAUUAAGAAUAAUACUUAAUCAUUGUCAAUUAAAAAGUAUUUCUAUUGAUACGAAUCAUAUUCAAAAUGAAAAACAUUUGAAUGAAAUAUUUAAAAUUUUGUUUAAUCAACAAUUAGAUCUUCGUUCAAUGCAAUGUCAUUUUCAUACGAAUUUAUAUUUUGUUGAAGAAAAAAAUAAAUUAAGUAAACUUCGACGAGUUAUUAUUGAUUGUGAUUGUUUUUCAAGUGAUUUUAUUGUUUUGAUAUCUCAAUUACGAGAGUUACGUCACUUAAGUGCACGUAUUAAUGAUUAUAAUCGAGAAUAUAUGGAUAAAGAUAUUGAUCAUCUAACUGGAAAUGAAUCUCUUCGUUCACUUAUUCUUCAUAUUGAAAAUAUUGAACUUGAGCGUUUAUUAUUAAUAUUUUCUUUAAUGAUAAAUCUUCGUAUAGUUGAUCUGAAUGGUACAAUUGAUUUUGAUAUUAGUCAUUUACUUGAACUCGAACGAAAUUAUACAUCAUUUCGAUAUAUGAAUUAUAAAUUUCUAUCUCUUAGUGUUCUUUAUGUAAUUGGUCUUAGUUUUUUUCUCAAUGGAUUUUUAUUAACACGUCGUGUUAUUUUACAAAAUUCCAUUGGUACUAUUCCAUCAUCAAUACCAAUUGAAUUCAAUCAAGUUAUUUUAAUUGUUAUUGAUGCACUUCGUUAUGAUUUUAUUAAACCAAAUAAUGCUUCAAUAAAUAAUAAUUAUUUAAAUCAAAUGUCAUUUGUACAAGAAUUACUUGAGACAAAACCUAGACAAUCAGUUCUAUUCCGAUUUAUUGCUGAUCCACCAACAACAACACUUCAACGUUUAAAAGCAUUAACAACUGGCACAUUACCAACAUUUAUUGAUAUGUCAUAUAAUUUCAUAGGUUAUGAAAUUGAAGAAGAUAAUAUUUUAAAUCAAUUGAUAAAAACUCCUUAUCAAAGAAAUAUUUCAUUAUUAGGUGAUGAUACAUGGUUAGCACUUUAUCCAAAUAUAAAAUUUAAAGAUUUAUAUGUUUAUCCAUCAUUUGAUGUUCAUGAUUUAGAUACAGUUGACAAUGGAAUUCUUAAACAUUUAUGGACAGUCAUUGAAAACACUACUCGUCAUGAACAAUUAUCAUUUAUUAUUGCUCAUUUUUUAGGUGUUGAUCAUUGUGGUCAUCGAUAUGGUCCAUUACAUAUUGAAAUGAAACGUAAACUAAAUCAAAUGGAUGAUGUUAUACGAAAUAUAAGUUUAUCAUUUAAUAAAUCAAAUUCUUCAUCUCUCUUAAUGGUUAUUGGUGAUCAUGGUAUGACACAACAAGGUGAUCAUGGUGGUGAUGAAUUAAAUGAAAUUGAAACAGCUAUGUUUAUUUAUACAAAUAAACCAAAUUAUUUUUCAUUAUCACAACAAAAUGAAAAAUCUGUUUCACAAAUAGAUCUUGUUCCAACACUUUCAUGGUUUCUUCAUACAUUAAUACCUUUUUCAAGUUUAGGUAUGAUGAUUAUUGAUAUAAUACCAGUAGAACAACGUUAUGUUGCAAUGAAAUUAAAUUUUGAACAAAUUGAAAUUUAUUUAAAACAAAUUUCAUUGACACUUCCAUUAUCAGAUAAAUUACAAGAAUUACGUGCUAAUUUACGUACUAUAUUUAUAUCAUUUGAUAGAGAAAGAAAUUUAACAAUGAUUGAAAAUUUAUUUAAUGAAUUUAAAUUUGAAUUACAAACACAUUUUCGUCUUCAAUGGUCAACAUUUAAUGUAUUUCGUAUAAUAGUUGGUUUAGUUUUGAUGUUAUUAUCAUGUUUAAUAUUUAUAUUAAUUUAUUUAAAAUUAUUCACAAUUUUAAUUAACUAUGGAAAUAUGAUCUUUAAUAUUAGUCUUGUAUUAAUGUAUUUUGCAAUAUCAUUUUCAAAUAGUUUUAUUAUAAAUGAAGCAAUGUGUCUUUAUUUUCUUCUUCAAACAAUUAUAUUAAUUAGUAAAAGAAAAAUUUUACAAAAAGUUCUUCUUUCUUUUUUAUUAUUUUUAACUCGAGCAUUUUUAAUUUGUCGUGAAGAACAACAACCAUAUUGUAUUGAUCCAAUAUGGCUUAUAAAAAAAUUAUCAGAUACUUCUGAUUAUUUUCUUUCUUUUAUGGCUGCUAUUGUUUGGUUAAUUAUUCUUAUUUUAACAUGUAAUUAUUUGGAUUUCUUACCCUAUAUAUCAUAUAUAUCUGUAGUUGGCUAUUGGUUUAAUAUUUCAUAUACAUUAUCAAUAUUUUAUUUGAGUAUUAUUAUUCAGAUUUGUUUUGUUUUAUUAAAUCCAAAUCGUUUUGAUAAAUUAAUUUAUUCUAUUCUGAUAUUUGUUGUUGGUUAUCGUUUUUCAUUUGUGAUAUUUCUUCAAUAUUUUUUUUAUCAUAUUGUUCUGAACGAUAAUAAUCAAUCGUUUUCGUUACUUUUAUCUAUAUUAGCUGAUUACUUUUUUUAUGCAACCGGCCAUCAACCAGUUCUUUCACAAAUACGUUGGACAGCAGCAUUUCCAACACAAAAUUCUUCAUUAAAUGUUUAUCUUUCAUUAAUUAUUAAUUCAUUAAUUGUACGUGGAAUAUUUGUUCUUAUUGAAACAUUUUCUGGUCAGAUAUUGAAUGUUAUUUUUAUUCGAAAAAUGUAUCAAAAGAAAUAUCAAAAAGCAUUAUUCAAAAAAGUUUUUAUUAUUGAUUGUUUUAAAUUAAUGAUAAUAUCAUUAAGUGUAUUUAUAUUAAGACGACAUUUAAUGCUGUGGAAAAUUUUUUGUCCAAGAUUUUUAUUUCAACUUGUAGGAUUUAUUAUUAAAUGGUUGUUUGUAAUUUUGACAAUUAAACUUUAA